AUGAAUCAACCAUGUCAACAUCUUCUCGAGAAUAAUAUCAGAUCCACCGAAAUGUCUACCUAUAUCCGACCCCGACGUCCUGUGAACCAAAAAGCAACGUUUCAUCAAUUCGCAAAGCUAGCCCCUGAACUACAAAACAUGAUUUUCAAAGAAGCUCUUCCCGAAGGCCGAAUCAUCUCUCUCAAGGCCGUCGAGAUUCUCGUCGAUGAACCUGAUAAAUGGACUCGGGAAUGGUACGCAGGAGAGAAGUACGGGGGCAAAUACAAAAGUGCAAAGCUCGUUGUAAAGACCACUUUACCGGCACUUCUACAUGUUAACAUUAUGGCGAGAGAAGUUGCGUGCAAGGAAUAUGGACUCGAAUUCGCACAUUGUUUGAGGAAUCCGAUAUACUUUAAUUGGGAAAAGGACACGCUAUACAUACAAUCUGAUCGUGCGGUCAAACUGUUCCAAGGGAGUUUACAAAUGUUGAAGAGUUUCCAAAUUCCGUUAUCUCGAGGUCUCGACAUUGCUAAGAUGGAGGAAAAGCUCAAGUUUUUGAUGCUAGGAGAACCUUGUCUAUUCAAAAGCACUACGGAGAUGAUUUCCCGCUUGAGGAAUUUGAAGAGAUUGGAGCUGAAGGAGGGAUGUUUUAGAUGGGAUCAGAAGAUCAAGAUUCUGAAUACGAGGUGGAAGGAGAGAUGGGGAGAAAACUUUAUGUACAAAUGUGUGGAGUUGGGGAACAAGGAGAUGGGGUGGAGAGUGGAGGAUAAGAGGGAUGGGUAUGAGGUUUAUGUUAAGCCGAGACGUUCAGAGAGGAUAAGAGAGUUGGAGGCUAACAGGAGUCUGGAUGAUCAUGAAGGGGAUGAGCGAGCGGGGAGGUGA